AGCUUCCUUCUCCCCUCAGCCGCGGCAAACAGCGCAAAUCCGAUAUGCCACCACCUCCUUAACUGAUCGACGGUGAAUCUCGUAAAACAAAUCAAUUCGCACUAAAAACGUGCAUCAACCACUUUUCGCACGUCCUUUUUUCUUUUACUACCGACAAAACUACUACCACCUAUCUUAUCCAUUACGUAGCCUCAAGCCUCCCGCCAAACCGCGUCGCAAACAUCGUCAUCGCAGGUCGCCAUGGCGGAUAAGUGGGUAGAUUGGAACAAGACCACCCGGUCUAAGAACUAUCGCGGGUCCGGGUCGUUUGCGACGUUUAUGAUUAUAGGACCAACAUGUUUCUUCCUCGGCAUCCUCUUCGCCAUGUUCCCGUACGACUUCCCGCUGCUAUGGACCAAGGACCCCAUCUCGGCCGCGUACCUGGAUCAGCUCGAGAUCCACCUCAAGUUCAUGCACCAGUCGCCUCCCCUGAUCGCGCGCAUCCUCAGCAUCAUGGUUGGCGUCGGCUUCCUCGGCUUCUUCAUCAAGCUGUUCCGCGCCUCCGAGUCCAACAUGCUGUUCGACGGCGCCUCCCUCGUCCUCUACCUCAUCGGCGUCGGCGUCUACGUCGCUAACAUCGUCAAGGGCCUGCGCCUCGUCAGCGCCGGCGCCUGGGACGCCGACGACUUCGACCCCGCGACCGUUGGCGUCGGCCGUCCUGGCGCUGGCGCCGGCGACCCGUUGACCGGUGGCGAGAUCAUCCUCGGCCGCGAGGAUAGCCUGAAGGUCCUGGCUGCGAGCAACACGAUCCUGGCGUUGGUGCUUGUUGGCGUGCUGGUCCUCCAGGCGGGCCAAUGGUACGCCGAGCGCAAGGACGACGAGGAAUACGAGAAGUACGAGAAUAUGGAGAAGACUAGCAACGGCGGGCGUCCGUCGAGUCCGACGGCCGAGAAGAGCAACAAGAAGAAGCAAUGAAGAGCUCUUGUUGGCUUCCCUAAAAAUAUUUCAUAUUCUUACCAUGUACGAGCCCUAGCUUUAGAGGGUUAGGCGAGGGGGGUUAGUAUUGGUGCUGUUUAGUAAAACAAAAAUAUGUUGAGAGUGGUUUUCUUGGAUUUGGAUCGUGGGUGAUGGUCGGCUGUUAUGAAGAUGUAUGAGCUGUUGACGGACGAUUAAUGGGAACAUAAGAAGAAGAAGGAGCCAUAUUGUCAGAUAGGCUCUAGGACGCUUGUACGAAAAGUUGCCAUGCUGCAUCGACUGGGCUGGGUUUUAAAUGUGUGCAUACCAAGACGAACCGCGAUUGGGUUCUUGGUUUUUUUUUUUUUUUUUUUUUU